UUCUGGAAGAGCAAGUCAUCGUACAGGAUUCCUACCAUGAGUAAUAAGGGGGCUUCACUGAAAGGUUUGUUGCUGGUGAUUCUUCUGGUGUCCAACACUAUCCUGACAAAGGAAGGAGUGACAUCCUUGCCGAUUUGCCCCAGUGGAUCUGUCAAUUGCCAGGUUUCCCUUGGGGAACUUUUUGACAGAGCAGUUAAACUUUCACACUACAUCCACUUCCUCUCUUCAGAAAUAUUCAAUGAAUUUGAUGAACGCUAUGCUCAGGGCCGGGGUUUUAUUACAAAAGCUAUUAACGGCUGCCACACUUCCUCCUUAACCACUCCUGAAGACAAGGAGCAAGCUCAGCAGAUUCAUCAUGAAGACCUACUGAAUUUAGUACUGGGAGUGCUGCGUUCCUGGAAUGAUCCCCUGAUCCAUCUGGUCUCUGAAGUACAAAGAAUCAAGGAAGCUCCAGACACCAUCCUCUGGAAGGCUGUAGAAAUUGAGGAACAAAACAAGCGGCUUCUAGAAGGAAUGAAGAAAAUAGUUGGGCGGGUUCAUUCUGGUGAGAUCGGAAAUGAAGUUUACUCUCAGUGGGAAGGCCUUCCAUCCCUGCAACUCGCUGAUGAGGACUCCAGACUCUUUGCCUUUUACAACCUGCUUCAUUGCCUCCGCAGAGAUUCACACAAAAUUGACAACUAUCUCAAGCUUCUAAAGUGUCGCCUAAUACAUGAUAGCAACUGUUGAGUAUUCAUGGGCCUAAUCACUUACUGAAAUCAUUCAUCAUGGUGUCCUUGUUGCUUUGGCACUUCAUAUUGCAAACUUUAUGAAAAGUCACACUGCAUAGUAUCAGGCUCAUCAGUACCUUUCAGGCAUGUUUGUGUGAAUUCUAGCUGCAACUAGAAGCACCAUUUAUCUUGACAUUUUAAAAUGUUAUAAAUUACUUGUAUGACAAGAAUACACUUUUCUGUCUAAUUUCACUUAAUAGUAUUUCAAUAAUAACCAGAUCAUGCAGAUACAAAUAAAAAUGUUAUUAAAUCCAAAA